GUGACAGGAUUACACUUAGCAAACUUCAGCUUGAUCAAAAACACUUUUACAAAGUCUUGCAAAUUAAGUCGGCCAAACUUCCAUUUUCAUUUGAUGAAAGCGAAUUAAAAAAUACACAAAAAGAGUUGAAAAAACUAACGUGUUCAACAGUGAGAAGUUGGUUAUUGGUACCAAACAAUAUUGCAACAUGGGAAGGUGUUGGAAUAACAUAUGAAGGUUAA